AUGAGUAAAGUUGUGGUUAGUGAAGUGAGAAGGCUGAGCACCAUCUCGGAGAAAGAUGUGGACCCCGGAGCCGAGUCGGUCUCUUCAGUGUCCGCAGGGAACAUUGAACGGGCAGGAUCCAAUGCGUCUCUCUGCUCGCAUGAGAAGCCAAGCGUGGAGAGCAGCACCUUCACCUCCUUUGAGUCCCAUCAGCCUGACACUGCAGACGACUGUGCCACUAUCCUGCUGGCAUGUCUCUACUGCCGGUUCUAUGAGGUCAUCGCCAUGUUGCCUGAUACUUGUGAGAGGGUGCUUAUCCAUUGCUUCCCCUCUUAUAAGUAUUUUAGUGCAACCAGUGAGCAGUCGAAAGGAAAAGACUUCUGCAGCUGCAACAUGGACUUUGACUGUGGACUCAUGAGCUCUUGUCAGGAGACCAGUGAGUUACUGGAGCUGGCUAUGGAGAUAUCAGAGGUCUGCUACCGCUAA